UGUAAUUUAACACCACCAUUAAGAGAAAAGGACAAGGGAGUAGUUAGCUUGUCUAACACACCAAUUACAGCAGACUGAGAGACUUGGGGGGGAAUCACUCCCUCCCAUUAUCUCCCUCCCACUAUUGGGCACCAAACUCGGCCUCUCCUUCCAGACUUUGGACCGCAAGUAAAGCAGGAGGGUGAUGCAAUAUUUUACACGAAGGUAUGUCCCCAUUUCAUUUCCAUCAGUAAUUUCUGGGUAUAUGACAUAACCCAAGCAGGAAGUUAACUGGGAUAAGAAGAAUAUCGAGAGCCCUGGUAUUCCUCUCCUGGAUCUCUGCCACGGGGGGAAACGCAAAUGAGAGUCUUGAGUGUGAGAGGAGUUUGCCAAACAAGCUGAGGACUGUUUUUUUUUGUUGUUGUUGCCAUGCUGGCUGGCUGUAGCAGGUUUACAUUAGAUCCUGCUCUUUUUAAAAGUUGCUUCUCCUCGCUGGAACUUAGGAACCCACGUAUAAAUUAAAACAGCCUGCCUAAAGUAGCUGUGACUGGCAGCAGGAGCUUUGGCAGCUGCGAGCUGCACGGUUUCUCCUGUCAGCUCCCACAGAAGUGCCUCCUGAACUUUACUCGGAUCAGCCUUUUCUUCUGUGAUUUCUUUGAGCCCAGCUGAUUUGUGAAGUGCUAGUCAACCCCUAUUUAUUCCUGCAGUAGCAUGCGGUUUUUGGAUUGAGGGCGGAACAAAACAUUCAUUUUGUGAAAAAAAACUCAAACCAUACUUAUCGGUCAGAAGCUGCAGCGUUGACAACUUCAGAGACAGUGGGGAUUGUUCCAGGACGCACUUUAUUUAUUUUGAAUCUUUGAAAGACGGCAAUAGACGGCGAGGAGCUAAACAUUUUAAUAUAAGAAAUGUUUUAAGAAGGCAACAGGCUGGUCCUGUGCGUUGCCUCCUGAUUUCUCAGAACCUCUGGAGUCCAGUCGGGAGUAGCUUUUUUUCAGCGCUGAGAUUUUUUUGGGUUCAAGUACAGUUUAGAACAAAGCUCCCCCUAUCCCGGCAGAGCGACCCUCUUCCCAUUGUCAGAGAUCCUAUUGUUCCAAGCCCGUGGGCUAAUAUGCUGUGGAAGCAGCAGAUCCCAUCUGGAAACUAGCUAAUCGCAUACAGGAGAAGGAAACUGGAAACGUUCUACACCAUGGCCAUGUCGACUUUGUUGGCAAAAGCUUUGUUUGACAAUUUUGCAGAGACUCCUGAUGAGCUUUCAUUCCGUAAAGGUGACAUUAUGAUGGUACUGGAGAAGGACACUGCAGGGCUAGAAGGCUGGUGGCUUUGUUCCCUCCAUGGACGACAGGGAAUUGUCCCUGGAAACCGUGUCAAGAUUCUUGAAGGAGUGGGCAGCUUCAGUCCAAGUCUCUCCAGCCGCCAUGUGAAGGAUGUGGGAUUAUCUGAAUUCAAGCCAGCAGCAGUUUAUCAGGUACCUCCUACACUGACAUCUGCUGGCUGUGUUGUACCCUCCCUACAGCCAAAAGAAGCAGCAGUUUCUACAAAAGACCAUCAUAUUCUGUACCAAACGCCACAGUUUGCAGACAAAAGUAUUUAUCAAGUCCCACUUGGAGGAGCAAGAAUAUUUCCCACUGCUCCAGCCAGCAAUGAUUCUCAUGACGUGUAUCUGAUUCCUCCUCCAGGCAGGCGGGGCAGCAUUGAAUCCAAAUCCUACCCUAAGAAGGACACUGAUAUUUCACAGUCUCCGGUUCGAUUACAAGAUGGUGAAUAUAACCCCCCUAGUGUUGAAAUCUAUGACACUCCAACCCAGAGGAAGGAGAGUAAAAUGGCAGAAAGUCAGAAAGAAUUAGAGGUGUAUGAUACUCCUCCCACUACCAGAUGGCAUGCAGCAUCUACCACAGCCAAACAGCAAACACUUCCAGAGAAUGUGUACAGAGUACCCAAGACCCUACUCUCUUUGCAAAAGAAAGAUGGUGCACUUGAGAAAGAAGAAGCUGCAGAGUCUGAGGUAUAUGAUGUUCCUUCUUCCGUUCUUCGAGGACAUGUCGAGUUUCCUACCAGUGAGGAGAUCUACGAUGUCCCACCAUCUUUUGCUACAAAACUUGCCCUGGGGACAGCAAUGCAGCAGACGCCUUUACCUCAGGUGCCAUCACAACCACUCUGUGCUCUGCGUAAGGAUCUAUAUGACACUCCCCCUGCUUUUAUGAAGUCUUCCAAUCUAGAAUCUGAACACGAUGUUUAUUCUGUCCCCAUGAACCUCAAACAAGAAUCACAAAACAUCUAUGAAGCUCCAGAAGAACUUUUGGCUUCAGAAACACCACCCAGCCAAGUACCAGACACUGAGACAGAUGAAAAUGACAUCUACCACAUGCCAUCCUUGGUACCUGAAGACAUAGAAUUUGUCAGUGGUGGGUUCAACCGCCUUUCUGUUUCAAGCAGUGGAAGCACUAGGUCAAAGUCUUCUACAGAGUCAUGCAGUGGGCGGGAAUCCAGUCUGUCUCAGUCAAUGGGAAAGGAGAUCGCUGUUGAUGCAGCAUAUGCCAUGGAAACCCUAGCACAGCUGCACCAGUCACUGCAGAGUUCUGUGGCGAGACUUAUGUCACUGACAGGAGGUACAUCACAGGUCCUUGAAAGUAGUUGCUUAGAUGAGAAGGACAUACAAGAGGCUGUUGUGAUUUUCCAGAGCACUGUCCGUGAUUUCUGCAAUUUUGUUCAUGGUGCAAUGUCCAACUCUCCACAGGCUCCUGAACCAGCCCUGCAUGGCAGCAUAAGUCAGCAGCUGGAUAUCUUGGAAGAAGCGUAUGGAAGUCUGUCAUUACAAGGUCAAGCCCUUCAUGCUUCUGUUUGGAACUCCCAAGGAGGAAAAUCCCUUAGGAAAGGUGGGCAGCUUGACCAGCUUCUUCGACUGUGCCAUCAAAUCCUUGAAGCCAUUGCCUGUGUUGUAUCCCUUAUUCAGAGCAACCCAUCACUUAUUUUCCGAAGGCCCAGGCUACCUUCAACUGAGAGCCUUUCUCGGCGCCCGCUCCCAGCUCUACCCUCUCAGUCUUCAGCUGACCAGCAUUCGGGUGAAAGCCUACCUGCAGGUUGUGCUCGUAAAGGCAGCAUACAGGACAGGCCUCUUCCUCCCCCACCAGUAUAUGCAUCUGGAGAAUCAGCCAGUGUACCUAAUGAAUACGAAGGCAUACAGUUACUGGAAGAGUAUGAUUAUGUCCAUUUACAGGGUGUAGAAGACUUGAGAGAUAACCAGAAGGCAACCCUAGAGAAGGAGCUGAUUCUUGAGCCCCAGGAUUCUCCGCCACCAAAGCCCCCUGAUAUGGCAGAUGCACAGAGGUACCAGUACAAAACAGAGGGUGUGGAAGGGGACUGGGAACAAAAGUCUACACCUGAAGCAGUACACAUUACAAACCAGCCAUCCCAGACAAAAGAUGAAGAGGCUUCUAAGUGUCCAAGUGAUCUUACAGCUGAAGACCGACAACUUCUACAGUUCUAUGCUCAGCAAUGCCAACUGCAUUACGCUACCCUAAUCGACGCAACAGACUGCUUCUUUGCUUCCAUCCAGGAAAACCGUCCACCCAAGAUUUUUGUCUCACAUGGAAAAUAUGUCAUUGUCACAGCUCACAAGCUGGUCUUUAUAGGGGACAGCCUUUCACGACUUGCCACUUCACAGGUGGUGCGUGCUAGGGUUACAAAUGCUGGAAACUGUUUGUGCCAGGCCCUGAAAGCUGUUGUGCUGGCUACCAAAGGAGCUGCCCUUCAUUACCCAUCCGUUCCAGCAAUACAAGAAAUGGUUGACAGAGUGACUGAGCUAUCCCAUCAGGCUUAUCAAUUCUCCAGUGUCUUGGGACAGAUGACCACUUUGUGAUAUGCAGUUCUUGUGGAAUUUUAGUUCUUAUUUCCUUUCCUUUCUGACAUCUUUUACUUUAAAAAGUUGCAAGUUAGAAUGUGCUGACCUUUAUGGAAGGGACAUAUUUUAUUUUGCUUUGCAGAUAUUUCUGUAUGCUUCAUUUAGCCAGCUUUUUGCAUUUUGCUGCAACUGAAAGGUAUACUUGAAGCCAUGUAAAAGGGACUGAGUACAUAUCUGCCUAAUAUUAUUCUGAGCUUUUGCCUUCUCUAGUGUUUACAGCAAAAAGCUAAAGCAAGCGGAUUGUAGCAUUGGCAACAUAUAUAUGGAAUCUUCUGUAGACAAAUGGCUGCCUAUUUCUACAUAACUUCAAAGGGAAGUAUUAGCAGACAGUACAGAGUCAGCAGAACAUCUCAGAUGAUUUUUAGACUUGAAGAGGACCUGCUAUAAGGCUUCAAUAGAAAUAUUUGCUCAAUUUUUACUAAGUAAAAAAAUCUAUUUUUUUUUUUUUUGAACGGAUGCAGACUUUUGAUAUGUUUUGAUUGUGAAAUGAGAGAUAAGUUAUGUCUACAGCAACCCACAGACUGAAAAAAAAACUAAAUUGUAAAGCAGCUUCUAGUACAUUCUUGCUGAAAUGUAACCCUAGCACAAGUACAUGCUACUUACUUUGGGUGCCUGGGUUGUACCAGGUUGCCUACAAGCAUGAAAAAAUACAUUUCCAGUACCUUAUAUUAUUGUAAAAAGGACUUUGUUUUAAUCUA